AUGCCAUACCUUGAUUUCCCCGAGGAUGACAUCUCCGUCUUCUACAAAACCAACUUUUCCAUGCAGGGAGAUGUUCCCUUACUGGACAGGUCAAAGAGAACAGUCCUGUUGUUGCCCGGAACAAUCUUUGACGUCUCCUCCGGCCUCAUCAACCAGUUCAACGACCCCCAACUCUCUGACUCGUACAACCUCAUUGCCUUCGACCUACGCUCAGCUGGCAAGACCAUCUGUUCGCCAUGCGAACUACGGGAUUCCUGGGUAGACGCCGCGUUAUUGAUCAAGUGUCUUGUCCGACUGCAAUUUCCCGCGGUACACGUAUUCGCUCCUUGCGUUCUGUCCAUCCAUGCUGCUCUACGAAUGGCCCUACUGUGGCCGGAUCGUAUUCUCAGCCUCGGAUUCAUCAGUAUCCAACGAGAAGAGGAGGAGGAGUGGGUUGCAGAGGCGUGGAGGGAUCUGGUGCAGAUGCUCACCACUGCCCCGAAUCUGGAGACUCAGGAGGAAGCCAUUAACGAGAUGUUAGGUCACACGUUCUACGAGGGCUUGCCCCUUGAUCAGCAGGACCGAUGGGCACAAUAUGUUGAGACUCAAUAUCCUCCCGCACGAACAGCCCGCUUCCUGGACUUCACCUUGACCGUCUUCCAACGGACUAACCUGACACCGGAACAGAUGGCGAUGAUCAAGCAGCCUGUGAACAUCAUCAGCGGCGACAGUUUCGUCUGCCCACGAGCCGAUGCCGAAAACCUUCAUCGCCAGUUCGUAAACGCAUCUGGUGGUGCACAGCUACAUAUCAUCCCGAACGGUCCUGAGCAACUCUACUUUCCCCGCCCCUUCUACCCAACCGUCAACUCCCUAUACGUGACCUUCAUCUCCGAACUCGCUUCACCUCCUGCUGGGCCGGGCGAGCCUAGCAGCUUAUACAGCGGUCUGCAGGGUCUUGCCAGACUCAUGCACGACCCGCGAAUCGCUGAGCGAGAUAGUAACAAGGUCGCAAGCUUCAGCUGCCUCACCCUGGAGAAGAGGGAGGAACGGAAGACAUACUUUACACAUGCUCUCACAGCACAACAGGGCGCGUUCGAUCCUGUAGGACCGAACGGUGAGAUGCCAAGAAAGUUCUCGGAACGCCAUCUCCAGCAACAAAUCAAACAAAUGCAGCAAAUGCGUGACAUGUCCCGCAGGCCAUCGGGGACGCUAGAUAGCAACUGGACUGCUGGCGUCAAGGUAUCAACGAAUCACGACGCUUAAUGUGUCCCAGGUGACUCGGGUCAUGACUCUCAGUCCUUCGUUCUCGUUUGCACAUAGCUGGCGUAGGUACAAACCUUGCUACCAUGGGCUUAUAAUGAACCUACAAACUUGGUCGGUGACGACUCAAACCGCAUUGACAAGAGCCACCUUUGGAGCCUGGAAUUGGAACCGUUUCUGAAUCAUUAUCGAAAGGGGGAAUUAACGGUGCAAUUGUAAUAUAACAAGUUUUGCUUAUUGCCUUUUAAUACCUUGACUUCCUCGGCUUCGUCUUGCUCUGGACUUUUAUCCGGAAGGGGUCCUUCUGUGGAACAU